CAAGCACGCACAGGCGCGCGCGCACGCCGUCCAAAUGCCGCGCGUGCCCCGGACGCACGCCUUCCCCCUUGCCGAUUCACUAAUCCCACCACCCAACUCGGGCUUUGACGCACACCAAACACCUCCUUCCUAAUCUAAUCCCCAACCCAAUUAAUUCCCGGUCGUGUUCGCCUUCUCCUUCCCCUCUUCACCCCUCCCACUUCUAGUAUAUAAACGCUCGCAAGUGACCCACGCCAAGGUUCACAAGCCACAAGACCAGCUCAAGCCGAACAAAAAGAUCACCAGCUCAUCACCACAUUGCAAUCUGCAAAGCAGCAAUCAACCACAAGAACACAGAGCGAGCCAUGACGGCGAUUGCCGUCAGUGGGCAUUGGAGGAGGCUGCGGACGCUGGGCUGCGGUGCGUCGGGCGCCGUGGUGUCGCUCGCGGCGGACGGUGCGUCCGGGGAGCUGUUCGCGGUCAAGUCAGCGGGUUCGGCUGGCGCGGUGAUGCUGAGGAGGGAGCAGGCAAUACUGUCCGGGCUGUGCUCGCCCUACGUCAUCCGGUGCAUCGGCGGCGGCGGCGGCGAGGGGCUGGACGGGUCGUACCAUCUCUUCCUCGAGUACGCCCCCGGCGGGUCGCUAACCGACGAGGUCGCGAGGAAUGGGGGAAGCCUCGAGGAGCGUGCGGUCCGGGUGUACGCGGCAGGCGUGCUGCGCGGCCUGGCGUACCUCCACGGGAAGUCGAUCGUGCACGGGGACGUCAAGGCGAGGAACGCUGUGAUCGGCGCCGACGGGCGCGCCAAGCUCGCCGAUUUUGGGUGCGCGAGGAUGGUGGGUUCCGCGCGGCCGAUCGGCGGCACGCCGGCGUUUAUGGCGCCCGAGGUGGCCCGCGGGGAGGAGCAGGGCCCGGAGGCCGACGUUUGGGCGCUCGGCUGCACGGUCAUCGAGAUGGCCACCGGCCGCGCCCCCUGGAGCGACAUGGAUGACGUCCUCGCCGCCGUUCACCGGAUCGGAUACACAGACGCCGUGCCGGAGGUGCCGUUCUGGCUGUCAGCGGAGGCGAAGGAUUUCUUGACCUGCUGCUUCGCGAGAAAAGCCGGCGACCGAUGCACCGCGGCGCAGCUCUUGGAGCACCCGUUCGUGGCAUUAGCCUGCCCUGACGAGAAGGUCAGGUGGGUGUCUCCCAAGAGCACGUUGGACGACGCAAUCUGGGAGUCGGAGACCGAAGACGAGGCAGACGAGGUGUCAGAGAGUCCGGCGGAGAGGAUCAAGUCAUUGGCGUGCCCCGCCUCGGCAUUGCCAGACUGGGAUUGCGAGGAAGGAUGGAUCGAUGUGCUCGGCGAGCAGAGCGAGGUUUGCGGUGAGGUCCAUGUGGCGCGCGGCGGGCCAAGCAAAGUUUCCGGCGCCGCUCCAGUGCCAGCUGGAGAGAUGAUUGUCGGCGGUGGCCUCUCCAGCGAUGAACUGGAAACAGAGGAUGUGCUAUUCGGCGGCGACGUUCCAGCAGCUGAUCCUUCAGUUGACCGUCAGAGUAAACGCUGUUUGAGUUCAGACUCUGCUGUACUCUCAUUUCAACUAGUACUACUUUGUAACGGAGUUAAUGCAAUGAAGUUAUGGUUUCCCACAAAUUUUGCUGUGCCGCUCUGUUCAGUUUGGACCGUUCAUACUCUGCUCUUGCCUAAUUUUGAGCCAGCAAGACAGACCACGUUAUGUUCCACACUUAACACUCGCACGCACAAAGGCGGUGAUAAUUUAUCACAGUAACCGCGCCGUAAAGAGAACUUAGAAGUCUCAAGAACACCACGGCAUGAACGGUAAACAUUCGAGAGCACCUGGGCUUAUUCCAUUUUUUGUGCGUUUGUUCCAAUCCACGGCUUCUCGACCACGAAACAGGUGGAGGCUUCCGUUCCCCGAAUCGACACGAGGGGCGCCAGCGUCAGCCUACACGUACGUAUUGGCGCUCCACAAAACUAAUCGCGCGGCCAGGGGGAAACCACCGUGCCGGGAAAACCAUCGACCACGACCGGCGGCGUCGGCUGACGCGAACGGGAAAAAGAAUCCGCAUCAGCGCCGCAUCUGACCCUUUCGAUAGGGAACGGGCCAACGGGAUACGCCUCACGACUGCCUGCCGCCGCGGGGCCCCUACCGGCCAAGC